GGCGCUGCAGCAUAGGGUCAAUAAAUCCCAGAAGUAGAGAAGCUUGGCUGUUCUUUGAGGGCUAUGGUGCACGUUCGGCCUGCUUCUACGAGAUGGUGGGUGCUGCCUCCCUCCCCCAGAGCCUCACCCCCCUCCCACAGCUGAAGCAGUGUGGUGAUGUCACUGACAUGUCCCAUGUGGCAUCCAGCACACCCACUCACUUUGCUGUUAGCAGUCCCAGCGUGUGACGGAACUGACCUCUGGGUCUGAUGCAGUCUGUCGGGGAGGGUGUGGAAGCAGACGUGGGAGUGUGGGAUGUGUGAUGUUUGCAGUCUGUCUGUGUGUGUGUGUGUGUGUGCCUGACUGGGCCUGAUGUGUGACACUCACCGGCCUGUAGAGCCAUGUCAGAACCAGCAGGGCGUGAGGCUGUAGCGUGUAGGUGGGCUUGCGAGACACACCAGCCCCUCAGAAGGCCUCCAUCCAACCCCUGUCCCCCCGAUCUAACGGUGCAAUCCUAGUGCUUGUGAUUUGUGACAUCAGCAUGUCCCAAUGUGACACUGGGAUGAGGUCAAUGUGGCUCACUGCGAGGUGUUUGUUUUGAGAUAAGCCCCCCCGGCUGGUUGCGGUUUGGACACCCUGGUCACGUGACACUGUGUUGCCGUGACGCCGCCCCCAGGCGGGGGCUACUGGGGCCAGGAUAAUUUUGAGGAUUACACCGGUGUCAUGACAUAACCAGUUAAGAGUAUCACUACUGUUGUCCGCUACUCCUGUCGCCUGGCUGCUGCCUCCUCCUUGUCUGCGCGACCAACUCUCAGGAGCCGCAGCAGCUUGGCUCUGGGUUCGAGUUGUACGGGUCCAGGUGGGGAACCCCCGUGUGGAGCUCACCCUGUCUGAGCUGCAGGAGAUGGCCAACCGUCAGCAGCAGCAAAUCGAGGCCCAGCAGCAGAUGCUGGUCGCUAAGGAACAGAGGCUGCGUUACCUGAAGCAGCAGGAACGCCGGCAGCAGCAGGCCCAGGCAGAGAGCGAGAAGCUUCAGCGACUAAAGGAUAGAGUGGACAACCAGGAGGCCAAGCUGAGGAAGAUCCGCGCCAUGAGAGGACAGGUGGAUUACAGCAAGGCGGUCAACGGCACGCUGUCGGCGGAGAUCGAUCACAUCAAUGGUGUCUUCGCGGAGAAACAGCAGCAGCUGAGGGCGGCCAUGCUGAAGGUGGAGCAGCUGACGCAGCAGCUGGAGGAGCUCCGUCAGGGCAAGCUGGGUGGCGUGCAGGCGCCUGGCACGGCGGCACUGGAGCUGCGGCGCCUCUACCAGGAGCUGCAGAUCCGAAACAAGCUGAACCAGGACCAGAACAGCAAGCUGCAACAGCACAAGGAGCUGCUGAACAAGCGCAACCUGGAGGUGUCGCUGAUGGACCGGCGUGUCAGCGAGCUGCGCGAGCGGCUCUACCGGAAAAAAGCUGAGGCACGUCAGAAAGAAAACAUCCCUCUGAACAGAGCCAACGGUCCCCCCUCCCCCCAGCUGGCCCCGGGGACCAUGGGCCGCGUGGCUGCCGUGGGACCCUACAUCCAGCUGCCGGUGCCGGGCCGGCAAGACGGGGGCUACAUGGUGCCACCUGAACCGCUGAAGCCGCAGUCACUGGGGGUGACGUCCGCCAUCAGCCACGCCCGCUCCAAGUCGGAGACGGAGGGCCGCUCUGGGAGAAAGCCAUGGAAGGUCUCUGAUUUAGACAUCAUAGUGGACCCUCUGUCGGCGGCGCUGGCCGGCAACGUGUCCCCUAACGAUGCCAACUGGCCCACACUCAGCAAAGGCACCUGGAAGGAGUCCAGCCUGGAGGCAGGGGUGAAGGCUGGCAGCCCUGGGCCUGUGGGCACCCCCACCAUGGCUAUGCCUACUGACAAGAGCCUGGAUUCAAGUAAGCUGUCCAAGUCACUGCCCCCCGGCUACGGUACCUACCCCAGUGCCGGCCUCAUGUCAUCAGCGAAUUCCACCAGCUCUCUGGAACGCCGCAAAGACCCGCCCCCACGACCUCUAGGGGCCAAUCAGACGUGGCAGAGAUCGACGACCUCGGCCCCCGGGUCCUCUUCCCAGCAGAUCCAGCAACGCAUCUCGGUGCCCCCGAGCCCCACCCUCCAGCCCAGCUCGCCGCUCUUCCCGCCAGCGGAGCGGCCCGAUCCCCCCUUAGCGGCAGCCGUGCGCCCAUUUGUGCCCGACAAGGGUUCACGCCCCCAGUCCCCUCGAAAGGGCCCCCCAACCAUGAACUCCAGCUCCAUUUACCACAUGUAUCUACAACCGGGGGCAGCCAAAAGCCAUGGUCUAGGUGGCAAGCCGGCUGUCAAGGCGGUAUACGGGAAACCAGUCCUGCCGCCCAGCUCCACGUCUCCUUCCCCACUGCCCUUCCUGCAGGGGGGGCCAGCAGGACAGGCAGAGGAUGCAGCAGAACGUGAGGAUGAACCUGACAGUGCCUCGGGCGAGGCCUUGCCCCCAGACUCGGCCCCACCCCCGGGCUCAGCUCCACCCAGCGUGGACACCUUGCCGCGGCCACUGAGCCCCACCAAGCUGACACCAGUGGCACAUUCGCCGUUACGUUACCAGAAUGACGAGCUAGAGGCCCUGCGGCGGCGCCUGGCCAACGCCCCCCGUCCUCUGAAGAAGCGCAGCUCCAUCACAGAACCAGAGGGCCCCGGAGGGCCCAAUAUCCAGAAGCUGCUGUAUCAGCGCUUCAACACACUUGCGGGAGGCAUGGACGGUGGUGGUAGCAUGCCCUUCUACCAGCCCGGCCUGCCCGACUACGUGGGCGGAGCUAUCGCCGAUGUAGACAACAGCAAUACGGCCAACGCCAACGUGCCGGAGGCCCCUUCGGUUUGUGCCGCGGCCCUUCCAGAGCCUCCCUGUCCCACGCCGGACGCCAACGACAACCAGCCACCCCCUCCACCCACCGGGGACCCGCCGGCCUCGCCACCCCCUCAGGCUUCAGACACCUCCCAGGAUGAGAGCAACAAUAACCCCCCUGGGCCCUCAGACUCGGCGCCCAGCCCCAUCCCAGAGGCCACGUCCCCCGACGAGGCCGGGACCCCACCUCGGGCGGCCACACCCCCCUCGCAGCCUGCGGUGAAGCGCACCAACCUGAAGAAGGCUGACUCGGAGCGUACGGGUCACGGCCUGCGAGUUAAGUUCCACCCACUGGCCCUGCUGCUGGACGCCUCACUGGAGGGCGAGUUCGACCUGGUGCAGAGGAUCAUCUAUGAGGUUGAGGACCCCAGCAGGCCCAAUGACGAGGGCAUCACUCCCCUGCACAAUGCCGUGUGUGCUGGCCACCACCACAUCGUCAAGUUCCUGCUGGACUUCGGCGUCAAUGUCAACGCUGCCGACAGCGAUGGCUGGGCUCCGCUGCACUGCGCCGCAUCCUGCAACAGCGUGCACUUGUGCAAGCUGCUGGUGGAGUCGGGGGCCGCCCUCUUCUCCACCACCAUCAGUGACGUGGAGACAGCGGCUGACAAGUGCGAGGAGAUGGAGGAGGGCUACCUCCAGUGCUCCCAGUUCCUCUACGGUGUGCAGGAAAAGCUCGGCAUCAUGAAUAAGGGGGUGGUAUAUGCGCUGUGGGACUACGAGACCCAGAACGACGAUGAGCUCUCUUUCCGAGAGGGCGACGCCAUCACCAUCCUCCGACGGCAGGACGACACAGAGACCGAGUGGUGGUGGGCCCGGCUCAACGACCAGGAGGGAUAUGUGCCCCGAAACCUGCUGGGGUUGUAUCCUAGAAUCAAACCCCGGCAGCGCUCCCUGGCUUGACUCCUCCCCCUCCCCGUCGAGUGGACGGCGCCGAUGCACACACGGACCUGAGGGAGGAACUGGGUUCCACUGCUGCCCUCUCUGCGUCGGUGUCACCUCCCUGCAGGAUGGAGUGGGAGGAGAGUGAGGAGCACGUGUAGCCUCUGAGGACCGUGGACUGGCUUUUACUUGCACGUGGGACUGAUGGGGGUGGGGAGGUGUCGUGUGCCCGGCUGAUCUCCUUUGGGCUGAACCAGUGGUCCUCCUUCCUCCUCCUCUGAGUUGCAGUGGGGCGUGGAUGUGGUUUGUAUGUCAGUGAAGGUUUCCUCUCCACAAACAGUAGAAGGAGGGGCAGAGAGUGGGUCUGAUCUGGAAUGUUGCUAUUUGUGUGGUAGUGUAGUGCAGAGCAGAGUGGGUGGCAGGUAGGCAGAACUGUGUAUGUAGAGAGAAGGACCUUGGGGCUGAUUUAGCCGUGCAUGGACACGAGGAUGUGCAGCAGUAUUAGCAUCAAGGGCAGGCACAGUAAGGGCUGUGUGCUAAUAUUAGCAUGGAGAAGUGACCCAGUGCAGACAACUUGUGUUAGCACAGAGGACAAGCGCAGUACAGCUUGGGUGCUAGCAGUAGCACGGAGCACAGGAACAAAGAGUUAGCAUUAGCAUUGAGGACAAGCACAGUACAGCUUGGGUGCUAGCAGUAGCACGGAGCACAGGAACAAAGAGUUAGCAUUAGCAUUGAGGACAAGCACAGUACAGCCGGGGCACUAGCAUUAGCGUGGAGCACAGGAACAGUGUACACAGUUAGCAUUAGCAUUGAGGACAAGCACAGUACAGCCUGUGCGCUAGCAUUAGCAUGGAGGAUGUGCAGUGUAGGUCGCGUGUGUGUUGGUUGGCGUGUUGUGGAGGAGGGAGGGGGAAGGACAGUGGGUGGUUCUGCCAGAGAGCAGCCUGGAUUCCCCUGUCAGGCCCAAGUCCAGGGACGGAUGCAGUAACUCUUUAAGCUACAGCUUUGUGCGUGAGAAUGGAAGCACUUGAGCAGACAGCUAAACGUAAAGCUUUGGCGCUAACAGAGCAGCUUGGGGAGCCAUUCCCCCACAGCCUCGCACCCGGGCCCCUACACCCUUUGUUUUAUGUGCUGUGUAAGAUCUCCUCACUCUUUCUGUAAAUACUGCAGAGGUCCGGUGUCUGCCACUGGCCAGCGCAAUCAAUGCUUAUGCAACACGUUAUGUACAUGAGCGCAAUAAAACCUGUUCCCUGGCA